UCAAUUAACCCCAAUCAGCUCCAGCUGCAGCAUCAAACGCCUCCAGGACUCCAAAAAAAAACCGAAGGAAGUCCCUACAAUCGGAGGUCUUGACAUGACUUUACAGCUCCAAACCCAAGCUCGACUCUAUGACCUGCACUGCUCUGUAGGUUUAACAGACUGGGACAUGGAUAAAGAACUGAAACUGGCAACAACCACUGACCAGUUUUACCAUGACGAUAAACUCGGUGAUCAAUAUGUGGUUCAGAGACCUUCAGCGAGAGCCUCCAGGAGAAAAGAUGAGUUCAUCUGGUAUGAUAAAACAUCAGACACGUUUGUGAAGCCAAACCUGUGGCUCCUGGUCAAUCCCAACAUCGCCUGUCCUAUAGUCUACGGGCAACCUGCGGCAGAUCCGGACCAAGUCCAAGACCUUGCAGAGCCGAGUCAGCAUCCAAACGUGCACGUGUCCUCUUCCCAAGACCAAAUGCUGCAUGUUCUCUCCUCCUCAGCUGCCUACAUGAUAAAGGAAGAAGUAGCCUCUUGCCAGACCCCACACAGCAGACCCAAAGGGAGACCCUCUAAAGUGAGGGACAAUAAGACGUUAAAGGCGGGAUGUUGGCCUCGUCCACCAGUAAAUUACUGCAUCCUCAUCGCUCUAGCGCUUCGGAGCAGCCAUACUGGGAGCCUCAAAGUGCAGCAGAUUUACAACUUUACCAGAGAGCACUUCCCGUUCUUUCAGACGGCUCCUGGCGGCUGGAAGAACACAAUUCGUCACAACCUUUGCUUCAACAACAGCUUCCACAAAACCUGCAGUCAGAUGUCCCGAGAUGGGAAAAGGAAGUCCUGCUUUUGGCACCUGACUCUGGAUGGCCAUCGCCGACUGAAGGACGAGAUCCGCAUGUUGACCAGGGAAACUCUCAAGCAGUUGGAGAGGAGCAUGUCCUGUCCAGAUAUAAUUGGACAAUUGCUUGCAAUGUGAAUUUCACUUGACAAAAGUAUGAAAUAAUACAUGGAUGCACCAUGAAAUAAAAAAUUUCCUUUAUUUAUUAUUUAAUAGAAUUUCUUUCAUUUCAUAUUUGGUGGCUUAUUAUUAAGAAAGUUUGA